AUGGAUUUUUAUCAAGAUCGUGUUGAUAUGAUCACUGUUGAUAUUGAAGAAGCUCAUGCACUUGAUGAAUGGCCAAUUGGUAGUCGAAUAUGUUAUGCACAAUCAAAAUGUGAUGAUGAUCGAAUUCGUAUUGCCAAUGAUUUUAUCAAAGCAACAGGCUAUCGAAUUCCAUUAUUAAUCGAUCCAGUAUCAAAAAAUAAUCCAUUUAGUGAAGUUUAUAGUGCAUGGCCAAUUCGAUUUUAUGUUAUUGAUCAUAUGAGAAAAAUUAGUUAUAUUGCUCAACCGAUUGAAGGCUCAUAUCCGUUAGAAUUGAUUAAAAAUGCAUUAGAUGAAGCCAUCCAGAAAUGUCAAUAA